CUCACAGACAUCCCUGAUGCAAGUGCUGUAAGCAGGCAGCCAGCAGCAGCGGAGGCUAUCCAGGGGUGCAAACGCUCCGGAUAACCAUGCCUGGCAGAACGGAAAGGCAGGGAAAUGGCUAAGAGAGGCUCUAAACCAAAGUAACUCUCAGCUGUAAAUGAGAGGAAAAGGAGGGGGGUGGGUAGAAGAAGGGGAGCGAGAGCAAGAGCAAACACGGACAGAAGAGAAGACAGUGAAGACAAAACGUGGACCCUGCUGUCACACAAGACUGGGAAAACAUAUAAAACACAAAGCAACCUAAAUUACCUUCUGCUGCUCUAGAAAAAGGGGGAACAGGAAGAGAGGUCAGAACGGACAACAACAUGUUCACAAAGUAAUGGAAAGGGAAGCCCACACCACACCUGCCUCCAUGCCGACUAACCUGUUGCUCCUUCUUCUGUUCGGGGUGCGUGUGCUGGCCAUUUGCCCGCCAAUGUGCACCUGUAGCAGAGGCCAUAGAGUGGUGGACUGCUCUGCACGAGAGUUAGCUAUACUUCCUGACAGCCUGCAGCACAACAUUCAUUUCCUCAACUUGUCGCAUAACCGACUCCAAGAUCUCGAUGGACUCCUCAACCAUUUUGACCACUUAAGAACUCUGGACAUCUCCUAUAACCAUCUGCACCACCUUCCUGUUGGUCUGCCAAGAGCGCUUUGGGAUAUACGUGCCUCUGGAAACUACAUCCGUCAAUUGGAGAAGAACAAUACGGCCUACCACUGGAACCUUCAGAAACUGGACUUGUCACUCAACUUGCUGGAACGUGUGGUCUUCAUUAACAAUACGUUGUCCAAUCUCCAAGCUCUCAACCUUAGUCAUAACAAAUUCUGGACUGUCCCAACGAACAUGCCCCACAAUUUGGAGAUGGUGGACCUCUCUCACAACUACUUGCUGCAGAUCUUGCCUGGCUCACUGGAUCGUCUUCCCAAACUGUCGACAUUCUACCUGCAUGCUAAUCAUUUUACCUCGUUGAGCGAUGGUGUCUUCAGUCGACUGGAUGGACUGCAGCUCCUCACACUUGGAGACAACCCUUGGGCUUGUGAGGACGAGGAGAAUAUAAACCAUCUGUUGACUUGGAUGCAACAGACCCCUGCAAAAAUCUUGGGCUGUCCCUGCUACACCAGGCCCACAUGUGGAGAAGCUCACCUGGCCACUAGGAGAACCUGGCAUUCAGCCGCAUUCACAGAGCCGCCUCUGGGUGCUGACGCUCGUCAUCCUGGCCACCGAGCACCAAUGCAGGCAGUUACAUCUGGGUACCUGUCCAAGUCAGCCCAGUUGAAUGUGGGUCAAUAUCCAAGCGCUGUUAUGGGUGGGGGAUUUCUCACGUCAACUCCACAUAGCCUGUCCACACAGUUAAGCACAACAAUCCGAACACGCAGCACCAAGAAGGUCCUUCCAGGCAGAGCUCACAGCACAAGCCAUCAAAUCCACAUAUGCAGCUUUGAAACCACCAUUUUGAGCCUUUUAUGUCCAGUUCUCAUCCUCAGUGCUUGGUGAUUCUGCAUAACAAUCUCUUGAACUAGACCUGCUGCCUUGAGCCUGAAAACA